GGAAUCGCUCAAUCGAUGAUCGUGGUUUCUUCCACUUGGAUGUAUCUCCCGGAAAGGAUGCUGUGGACUUCACGAUGUUUGGCGAUCUUGGUGCUGACAACGCUAGCGUCGUUCACGGAUGCAACAAAGGAGGAUCCGACGGAGGACGGGACGAUGCCCAGCGUGAUCUCCACGAGCCUGCCAACGACGACGGUCCCGGACGUGAGCAGAGCCGAGGUGACGCCGAUGAAUUCGUCAAACGUUGUAAAAAACCCGGAUAGGGAGAAUGUUAAAGACUCGUCCCACGCGUCCUCGCCUUCGCCCGACACCGUUUGGGAGUGUCCAAAUAUUACUAAAGCAGGGGUCGAGUGUUCAUUAGAUACGAUUUUCUUUUAUGGACUUACCGAAGAUGAUCGUGUUUUAUUGCAGACUAUCAGUAAACACCUGAGGUUCAGUCGUCCAGGGACCAUUUCGCUUCUCGAUGUAACCGUGGCAGGAAUCUCCCUGUUACCGGCACGAUUCCUCGAAGACGUUGCUCUUCAUGGCCUGGUGGUUUCCACGGGGGAGCUGAGACGCGUCCACGAGAAUGCGUUCGCCGCUCUGGCAAGACCCCUUCAAGCCCUUGGACUUCCGAAUAAUCUCUUAGACUCCGUUCCGACCGUUGCGUUGUCGCGCCUGGUCGGAUUGGAGCGAUUGGAUCUGUCUCAAAACAAGCUGAAAACCUUAGAGGCCGACUCGUUCAAGGGCAUGUCGAACCUGACGUACUUGGACCUCUGCGACAAUUUAUUAUCGCAAUUGUCGCCGCAAGCUUUCGCCUCGUUGCCCACGUUGCGUUCCUUGAGGAUGAGGGGCAAUCGUUUGAGCGUCUCGGCAUUGUCGGCCCUCAGGGGUCUAAAAAUUUUGGAGGAACUGGAUUUAUCGAACAACCUGUUAUUGGGUCCGAUGGGCCCGAAUCUUCUGCCCCAGAUGCCACGACUACGGUUCCUGACCGUGUCAGAAAACGAGCUGGUGAACAUUCAACAGGGGGCAUUGAUAGGACUGAGGAACUUGACUUACCUCUGCUUAAGUCACAAUCAGAUCGACGUACUAGAGGAUCAUUCCUUCAAGUAUCUGUCUACACUCACCAGGCUCGAUCUAGCGAACAAUCGCAUCGUCGCGGUAUCCAGCUCCUCUUUGGCUCACUUAGAAAAAUUAACAACCCUGGAUUUGACUCAUAACUUCCUCAGAUCAUUAACCGCCGACUUGGUGGUGCCGCUGAAGAGUCUUCAAGAUCUUCGGUUAGACGACAAUGACAUCACUAUGGUGGGCAAUGACGUGCCAACAUCGAAGCUACGUCUGAAAAGACUAUCCCUGGCUGAUAAUCCUCUGAAUUGUGACUGUACACUUCUAGAAUUUGCCAAUUGGUUGAGCAAUUCUAGCUUGAACGAGGAAGAUAAAUCGUCCGCGGUAUGCGCCACACCGCCGGCUUUAGAAAACGGUAUUCUGACACAAGUCUCUCCUGGUAGUCUUCUCUGCGGCGAACCAACGCCUCCGAUCACGACCAAAGAACCGACCACCGGAGCUCAGCUGACGUUGAAAGAGUUUCACUACAAUAAAUCAACCGGCGUGAACCUUCUGUGGCACGUGGAGAUGUGCACGGAACGUUACACAUGCGAUACAUUGAUCGUUUACGAGACGAUAGGCGACAGCGAGGUUCAGACGGUUUCCAGUUCCCUCGACUGCGAUUCACGGAUGAUGAGGGAUCCUUGCUCGUUACCGGUCGCUAUCCCCGCUUCUCUGAAUCUGCAACCAGGUCACAAAUACCGUUAUUGCGUGGUGAUUCUCGUACCGGGUAGCUACGACGACGUCACCUUGGGUCUGGGUUGCAGUGACGUGAUCACCCUCGAAGAAACCAAGCGUGACUUGCAACAGGAUCAAGAAACAACGGUCGCAGAGGUUACGGAUACCAGGAUAACCGGAGUACAUGUUAACGUCUCCGAUCAGGGAUUCCUUCAUGUUGAUGUCAGUUUAUCCGCUUCGAAGAAAUUCAAUUUACCUGAAUGCGAAUUAUCCGUCGUCGUUUUCGAUGCCGAGUCGGCGGUACAUAAACAGAAGCUGAACUGCAGCUUAACGUUUCUGACGCUGGAGGUUUUGCUGCCUGGUCGCUACAAGGUCUGCGCCAGCCUCGACGAUCUGAACGAGGAAGACGUUAUCGCGAACUUCAUGAACAAUCGGGACCGACUUCGCUGCGUCGAGGUGCAGGGUUUCAAGCAGAACACUGAAAUAAUCGUUUUGGUGAUUAUUGGGGCCGGCUGCGCCCUUCUGGUAGCAUUGAUACUACUCGCUCGAAGCGUCGUGAAGAGGGUGAGACAUUCCAGAAUACAAACGCAGUGUUUUUUACCCGCGCAAGAAUUCGAAAUUACACAUAAAGCGCAUUACAUUAAAUUGCUUGCCACCACGAAAGUCUGA